GCAGUCGUGCGACAUUCGUCACUUACGGCCGGAGCGGUUCGUGCUGGGAGUUGGUGGCGCCGUGCAGACCUUUUAGGAACCAACAGCUUGGGCGCGGGCUGAUAUCCCGGGACUGUGGUUUGCAGGGUCCACCAUGGAGCCAGAGCAGAUGCUGGAAGGACAGACGCAGGUUGCAGAAAACCCUCACUCUGAGUACGGUCUGACCGACAACGUUGAGAGGAUAGUAGAAAAUGAGAAGAUGAAUGCAGAAAAGUCAUCAAAACAGAAGGUGGAUUUACAGUCUUUGCCAACUCGUGCCUACCUGGAUCAGACGGUUGUACCUAUCUUAUUACAGGGACUUGCUGUGCUUGCAAAGGAAAGACCACCAAAUCCCAUUGAAUUUCUAGCAUCCUAUCUUUUAAAAAACAAGGCACAAUUUGAAGAUCGAAACUGACUUAUUGGGAAGAACAGAAAAAUAUGGUUGCUACUGUAGAUUUUACAUGAUUAAGAGGCAGCUUUAAUUGCCAUGAUUUUUCCCUUUUUUUGGAAGUAUAAGAAUCUUCAGGACAACAGAAUUUAUUUCGGAGUUAUGGAAGAGAACAUAUUUCCCUUAUUUUGAUUUAAUCACCAUACUUAUUUAAUGAGUGUCUUCUGUGCAGUCUUUUCUCAGAUUGUCUUUAACUUUGUUUGAAAAAUGACCUUCAAAAUAAACUGUCAUAAUGCCAUUA